UUAACCCCUUUAAAUCCCCUACUAUUUUCCAACAUCCCAUAAACCAAACCAACAACCUAAAAAAUAAGUUCAUUCAUCCUCUAAAACCUAGCCAACUUUAUUUCCUCAUUCAUAUUUUGUUCAUUAUUAUGGCUGAAGAAGCUACUGAGGGCCACAGUGCACCAUCAUCCACAUCCGAUCUGAUGGCAAGCGCCAAGACCGUAGCCGAGGCGGCGCAGUUUGCCUGCUCCAACCAGACUGAUAAGAUUGACAAGGCUAAGGUCUCGGAAGCUGCUGAAGAUGUUCUAGAAGCCGCUAAGACGUAUGGGAAGCUCGACGAUAAUAGCGGUGUUGGACAGUAUGUUGGUAAGGCGGAAGGUUAUCUCCAUAACCUUCAUGGCGACCACGGUGCUGCUGCGGCGGAGGGUGGUGAAAAGAAGGUGGAGUCGGAGGCACCGGAGAGCGGUGAAAAGAAGGAGUCUAGUGGUGGUGGUGGUUUGAUGGGUAUGGCUAAAGGAUUUUUCAAGUGAUCAUCGGAUUAUUUACUGAAUUUUAUGGGAUAUUGAAUAAAUUCUUCUAGUAUAUCCUGUUAGUUUGUUACUCCGUAAUUGUUAGUUAUUGUACGUUGUUGUUGUCGUUGUUGUGGUACGUUGUUUAUUAAAUAGAAAAACAAAUUAAAUAAAAGAAAAAAAUGUUUGUGGUGUGGGUGUGUAAAUUAAAGUAAUGUAAUUUGUUUUUGUUUGUGCGAUGUAGUGAACUAGUGAUACACUAAAUUUGUAUAUUAGUGAAAAAAAGUACUACUACUCUUUGUAAGUUAAAUUAGUUAUAAUCUUGUACCUUUUCAAGAUAUUACGUAAAGAAAUGUUAUUUUUAAUGUUAUAAGUCGAGUUGUUAUCA